UGCAAUAUUUUGAGUAGCAUUUUAGGAGACAACAAUAUGAGUAUCACAACAAGUGAACAGGAGCCCUGGCUGUUGAACAAUUUCGAAUAUGGAAGCGGACUUCUCGCACUGCAUCGAGAGAUUGAUCAUUUCUACAACUAUAUAACGUCGACUCCAACGGAGUAUAUGAUGCGCAUGGAGGCUGUGUAUCGCAUUGAGAAUGUUGUGCUCCACACUUGGCCCGAAGCCUGCAUCGAAGUAUUUGGUUCAUUUAGUACUGGACUAAAUCUGCCCAUCUCGGAUAUUGAUAUUGCUGUUGAUAAUAUCUAUUGGCAGGGUGAGCCUCUGGUUCAACUAAAAAAUGCACUGAUUGCACGUGGAGUUGCCGACCAAGUCAAUGUGCUGGACAAGGCAUCUGUUCCAGUCGUCAAGUUCACAGAUCGGAUAUCGCAAGUCAAGUUCGAUAUAUCAUUCAAUACAAAGUCGGGCGUAAAGGCGGCGGAGUUGGUCAAGAGGUUUAUUAAACAAUUUCCGGAGCUGCCCAAGCUGGUGAUGGUUCUCAAGCAAUUUCUAAUGCUUCAAGGAUUAAAUGAGGUUUACAGCUCCGGCGGUAUCUCGUCAUAUGCCAUCACCUUGAUGUGCGUCAGCUUUUUACAACAACAGACACUCGAGAAUACAUCCAGUAAAAAUAACAGAUUGGGUCGACUGCUUCUCAAAUUUCUGGACUAUUAUGGACGCAAGUUUGACUACUUCAAGUACGGCAUUUCGGUGCGGGACAAUGCCGGAUGUGUGGAGAAGAGUGAGCUGCAGAAUAGCUUUGGAUAUGACAGCUGGUUAUCGGUGCUGACUAUUGAAGAUCCCAUAACGCCGACCAAUGACAUUGGACGCAGCUCAUAUGGAGCACUGGAUGUGAAGCAAUGCUUUGAAAUGGCAUUUUUAAAGCUAUCGAAAGUUGUGGACUUGGACCCAUCGAAAGUUAGUGGAUCUCUGCUGGCCACCAUUAUCACAGUGCCGCAAUCAGUGAUAAAGUAUCGUAAUUGGGUGCACUACAACUUCCGGCAUUUGGCAAUCAAUGGAUAUGGACGGCAUUACGAAUAUCAAGCCAAAAAAUCCGAUGAUAAAAAGGAACCAGAGAAGGAGACAGCAAGUAAUGUGAAUGGAUUAACUGCGGCACACAAAGGCUGUCAAAAUACUAAAGCCUAGGAUUAUAGCUUAAUUUAUGCUUCUUCAUAAUUUUUUAAACAUAAGUAAAUUUCA